CCAAACGUAGAUUUUGCUAGAAUCCGCGCAACAUGGCUGGCGAAGUGAUCGUUGACGCGCUGCCUUACAUUGAUCAAGGCUAUGACGAGCCUGGAAUUCGUGAAGCCGUCAUGACGAUGGUUGAGGAAGAGACAAGGCGAUACAGACCUACAAAAAAUUACCUAGAACAUUUGCCGCAGCUGUCACUGCAUCAGUUCGAGACUGAAAUUAUGAAGACGGAGUUUGAGCGUCUUCAGUCAAGAUUGCCUAUGGAGAUGAUGAGCAUGAAACGAUACGAGCUUCCACAGCCACCUGCGGGAAAAACAACAGACGUUGCAUCAUGGGCUGAGUGCGUCGACAACUCAUCGGCGCAGUUGGAACAUCAAGCCACCCGUAUCGCCAACUUGGAGCUGAUGGCCCGAUACGGCUCCGAGUCCUGGAAGGCCUACAAUGCAGCUCUUGUUCGCAUACUCCACCAGCUCCAGCGGCAACUGCAAGAAUUGCGGAAAGAGAUCCAGGAGGUGAACUGGCAGCGGAAGACAACUCAAACAGAGGCGGGUGAGAAGCUGAAGCAUCUGGAAGCAAGCUGGGUCAGCCUGGUGAGUAAGAACUUUGAAAUUGAACGAGCUUGCGUGGAGCUGGAGAAAGAGAUAGCCGGCCUGGAAUCUGACUAUGACCUAAAGAGGAAAGCUCUUCAGAACCAGCAAGCGGUGGAACGGAGCGAGCCUGCAAACACAAGCGAUGGCCAGAACAAAGAGCAGCCAAAGGAAGAGGAGGAGGAGAAGAUGGACACAGCUGGACAACCCGAGUCCACUGAAGAGACCCCACCUGAUGUAACAGGGGUUGACUGAUUCCGUUUGUUGACUGUAUGUUAUGAUCCCUGUAAUAAACAGCACCGUCGUUCACUUCUGUA